GGCCUGUCGUGAUGUCAUUGCGCUAGGAAAUAUGGCCGACUGAUCGCCAAGUCACCUUUUGCCAAAUAAUUUCCACUUGUUUGUGUGAUAAACCCGGGAAAAGCCAGACUUUUAACGUAUUAUUAGAGAUCUCAAGCCAGGCAAAAUGGAAAAUUUAUUUAGUAUGUGGAAAGUGCGGGAACUCGCCGAUAAGGUUACAAAUGUUGUUAUGAAUUACACCGAAAUCGAAGCCAAAGUCAGGGAGGCCACGAACGACGAGCCAUGGGGGCCCACUGGCCAGAUCAUGCAAGAGCUGGCUCACUCCACUUUUACUUAUGAACAUUUCCCCGAAGUAAUGUCAAUGUUGUGGAAACGAAUGUUUCAGGACAAUAAGCAACACUGGAGGCGGAUUUACAAGGCGCUCUUGGUGCUGAAUUAUUUAGUAAAGAAUGGGUCUGAACGCGUCGUUACUUCGGCCAGGGAGCACAUUUACGACCUCAGGUCUUUAGAAAAUUUUAGUUUUAUUGAUGAUAUGGGGAAGGACCAAGGGGUUAACAUUAGGCACAAAGUGAAGGAGCUCAUAGACUUUAUCCAGGACGACGACCGUCUGCGCGAGGAGCGGAAAAAGGCCAAAAAGAACAAAGACAAAUACAUCGGGAUGAGCUCAGACAUGGUGGGCAUGAGGCUAGGAAGUCACGAGAGGUGGGACGACAAGCCCCGGGACUACGGCGACCACGACUGGGAGGAGCCCUCCUCGGGGGCGAGUCGCUACCGCGACCGCUCCUUUGACGACGAGUACGACAUUGAUAAGGAAGACAGCGACACCGAAUCGGCCCGCAACCACACCAGCCGCAAAUACAAAGACAACGACCCAAGCCCCACCGAAAAGCGCGUCAACAUCAACAUAAACUCGGCCAUAACAAACACCCCGAAAAAGUCCACCAAGCCGAUCAAAAAAGUCGACCUAGGGGCAGCUGCGAAUUUCGGCCGCGAUGCUAGUCAGAGCCCCUUGCCACAGGCCAGCGACCUGAUCGACGAUUUCAACCCGCGUGCCGAGGAAGAGGAGAAAAAGUCGACGGAGUUUGGCGAUUUUGAGGCAGCUUUUGGGUCAAAUGCGACGACGACGCCGAAAUCCGACGACGAUUUUGCCGAUUUCAGUUCAGCGUUUUCGCAGAACAACACCGACGCGAAUUUGAUGAACCAGAAUCAGAAUUUGUUCAUGCCGAAUGUCAUUCCGCCCCCCAAUUUGGGGAUACAGCCGCCGAUAGGGGGGCUCAUGGGGGCGCAGGCGCCGGUGAUGGCAGCGAAGCCGCAGAAUAGCAACGAUUUGUUGGGGGAUUUGUCGGGAUUCAGUGGUUUGAGCAUACAGCCCCCAGGGGGGUUCGGGAAUGUUCCAAAUAAUAAUCAGGGGCUCGUGGGGGCGGCGCCCAGUUUGUUGGAUGGAGAUCCAGUUCGGGAAGUGUUGUGUGAUCGUGAUUCAGGAAAAAAUUCAGUGGAAAAACAGUUACGAGAUGCUAGUGCCACCGUUGUGAACAAAUUGAAUAAAAUCAAGAAAAUUUCAUCGCAAAGUGAUAUCGACGAUAUAAUCAACAGUCUCGAUAAAUUUUUACCACUAUUGCCAACUCUAACAGUACAAAAAUUACUCGAAAUAGACUCAACAGAUUUAAGUCACUAUGCCGAUCGAGAAUUUCGAAAUCUUCUAGAGAAUUUAAUAGCGAAAUUUGACCAAAAUUUUCCACUGAUCGGCGGACAGGUUUAUAAAGAAGUGAAAGUUGUGUUUUCCGUGGAAGAUUACCACUUUUUCCGAGUGACUUGCGACGUCAUUGUGAAAAAUUUAAAAACCAACUUGAAAAUUUUAAAUUCACUCAGUGUUUUGGCUGAAAUAGCUCUGAAAAGUGAGGGUUGUUUCGCCCUAAUUUGGCACAAUUUCUUCACAAAGGAGGAGGAUUUGUGGCAAAACGACGUGAAAAUAUUAAUUACGUUUCCAAAUCGAAUCUCAAACGCUCUUCAAGGCCAAUUCAACCAAUUUUUCAAACCAAACGAGUAUUCAAAAUUCCUGGUUUUCAACGUAAUCAAAGUGAUUGAAUUUUCAACCGACUUGCUACUCCGGGAACCAAAAUAUGAAAAAAAUUUCUAUUACACAAACCUGGCAUUGUUUUUAAGCAAAACUUUGAUUAACUACAACGAACAUUACAAUUCCGGUGCUAUUAAAACUUUCGUAAAAGUUGCAAAUAUUCUGACUAACCAAAAGUCAGACAAACUUAAUGUUUAUCGAACAGUAUUUUGGAAUUUGUUCGAAAGUUUGGAACGGAGCGCUGUAGAAAUCCUAGCAGUGACAGUUUUGCAAAAUACUGACCCUUCCGUUUACACAAUUAAAAGUGUUCUAGGCCCCAAUUUAAUCAAAUGUGAUAACUGGAAGUACGUUUUGUGUACAAAAAUCCCCCUGUUAUCACAUUACGAUAACGAGAAUCUCAUUAAAAAUUUAAUAGUGUAUUUAAGUGCCACGUCCGAGCACAAUUUGUUCACACUUUUAGUGAACCUAAUCACUGUUUGGUCCGACAAAUCGGCCCUCAACCACACGAGUGUGGAACACCACUUGUAUUUAACAAAACUAAUCGUUGUUAUAAUAAACAGUUUCAAAAAUAUUGGCCUAAGUGAGCACCAGAGGCAGAUUUUGCAGUCAAAAAUGUACUCGGGGGUCCCCGUCCACUUGGAGAACUCGACCCCUUCUGUGAGGGCCAUGGGCAUGAAAGUGUCGGAGAUUGUUUUGAAUUUUAUCCAAACUGAGAGCGAAAAAAGCGAAACUUUGAGAUUCGAGUUCGAUCAAAUGCCCAACGAGGGGAAAGAAGUUGGCGAAAUUUUGCAAAAACUGUUCGAUACGGACAUGACGAUUUACUUCAAGAAUAAAGACGUUGAAGAGGAUGUUUUCCCCUUGAUUUCAAGUCUUUUAGAGGCGGAAAAGUGCCCCGAGUAUGUGCCCCCAGCGAGGCAAUUGCGGGGGCAAGAGGAGCCCAAAAAUGUGGUCGUGGCUGAAGCCAUCCACCAAAAAAAUAAUCUGCUCACGAUUGUAGACAGUACCGACUUCGAGUUGGACUCAGAUGAUGAUCUGGAGCCUUACGAUUUGGCAAACGAUGUGAAAGUGUCGAAAAAGGAGCCCCCGAAGUACUUGCGGGACUUGAGAGACGGUUUAUUGGAGACGCAAGAUUGCGACGUUUUUAGUUUAAGUUUGGAAGCGUGCGAGGAUUUGAUUAUUAAGCAGCUACCCGACGAUGAUGUCUCACUUGGGGUCGAGUUACUGCAAAUUUUGGUCGGACUAGACCAACGUUUUUACGUUGAAAACUUCGAUUCUGUGGUGUUUAAAAGCUGCGUUGCGAUAACUUGUGUUUAUCCAUCACAAAGUGCUGAAUAUUUAUGCAAGUGGUUUCAUGCCGACGUUGGGACUUAUUCGAUCUCUCACCGCAUUUUCCUACUUGAUGUUUUAAGUGAAGCUUCGAGGAAUUUGUCGGCUUUAACGCUGGACAAGCCGGAUGAAAAAAUCGUAAUCAAGCGCAGGAAGAAAAACCCUGACUUGGAGAAGGCCGAAGAAAUAAUUAAAAAACGCCUCGAGUCCAAAACUCGGUACUUCCACAAACACAAGGCUUUCCGAGUGGAAAAACUGAAUAAGUUUGCACAAGUGGCCGGCCACUUCUUUUUUCCGUUACUGUACGGUUAUAAUGGCAAUAAAAUGAUUUCGCAAAUUCCCCAAAACGACAGUGAUUUUAUUCUGUUGAUUCACUUUAUUCGGACCCUGUCUGUUAUCAUGUGUUCCUCGCAAAAUUGUCCGAUUGAACCGCGAAUGGCCAAAGAAGUGUUACAUUUCUCGUGGUAUUUGCGCUUCCACAAGGAGGUUAAAGUGAGGAUUGCUGUCAUCGGUUUGAUAGGAGCUGCAGUUAUAAACACGCCGAAAGAGAUUUUGAUGUCGGACUUCACCAGCGAAUUGCUCGAGUUCAGGCUUUGGUUGGGGGAUUUACUGAGCUUGAGCGUGACCCGAGGAGAGCCGAAUUCGGAGUGUCGGAGUUUAGCGGCUAGUACUAUGUGCAUUAUUGAUAGUUUCUUGAAAGUUGACGAUGAAUAAAGCUUUUCGUACUAA